CACCAACCACCAACUGUUACCAAGCGACGGCAAACCUGGACCCCACCGACGACAGGCGGCAAGUGGCGACCAGUCAUCAGAAGACCAACCCGUAGAAGGAGUAGCACGUUGAAAAAGUAGCCGAGCAGAUUCAAGAGACUCUGAUCAUGAGCAGUGGAAAGGCUCCGUCGGGGCUCUUAGCCAAACAGCGACCCUCUCCAUAUCCACGGCAUACGGUUAUGGCUGCUGACACCAACGACUCGGAUCCCACAAAGCAAUCAUUUAAUGUGGCUGGACAACGCAAAUAUCUAACAGGAUCUCGGCCUGAUGCCAGCGUGGCCCCACUAAAGGAGCUGGUGCCUGUCAAUGAUCUCGUUCAGCUUGCCCGACAGGCGUUUUCUCAGAAGGAUUUUACUGCCGCACUCCAGUAUCUUUCCCGGGCGUUGACAAUUGCGCCCACGGAUAUCAACUUGCUGGACAGCAGAGCAGCGACUUUUGAGAAACUCGGCAGGCUGGACAACGCUCUGACAGACGCAAAGGCAAUGAUUCGAAACCAUACCCAAAGUCCAAAGGGUUAUUUGCGCGCUGGAAAGAUCCUUCGAAUGCAGCAAAACAUCAGAUCGUCUGCCAAAAUCUAUAUUUCUGGCGCUGAGCGAUCCACCAAAGGCACAAAGGAGUACGAGACUUUAGCGCGUAUUGCAAGUGAGAUGAGUGCCAAACUGGACGAGAUCGCAAAGAAAGAAGCACUCGUGCUGGAUCCAAUGGAGAGGCUACCCUUUGAGUUGGUUAUGAUCGUGUUUGACAGCCUAAGUUUUAUCGAACGAGUGAGAUGCUUGACGAUCAGCAAAAAAUGGAUGAGGUACUUGAGUUCAGUGCGACAUUUUUGGUAUUCGCUCGACCUUGCGAAGCGGGUCCCAUCCUUGAUUCGUAUUCCUCAGCAUGCACUAUAUCUGCCAACUCGGCCGGAUCAGGAUGUCAACAACAAAGUGACCAAUAAGACCGUCAUCAACUUGGCCAAGUAUACCCCGCCCAAGGCGCUACGACUCGGAUGCGCUCAGCAAAUUUCAGGGACUUUAUUCACCCAAUUGAUAAAAAUGAAGCGGACAAGUGCCCUGGAAUCAUUGUCCUUGAGAAUGAACUCCAGGAUUUACGACCAAGAGUUCUCGCUGUUUUGGACCGCAACGCCCAAGUUACGAUCUCUUGACCUUCAUGGAUGCUUUGGAGUGACGGAUGCCGCGGUGGUGUCAGUUUUGGAUCGAUGUUCAUUGCUCGAGGAAUUGGAUAUUUCUGAGUGUCGGAUCACGGAAGUGUGCGUAAUGGUCAACAGCACAGUGCCUUUACCGAACAUGAAGAAGCUGACGAUCGGCCGAUGGGAAUCGCUGUUUGCAAAGGAGGGCAUCGAUGCCUUGGUCUCCAGGUUUCCGAAUCUCAGUACGCUCGACAUCCGAACCAUGCGGCCUCGAGGUAUCGAGGCGCUCGAAAAUAUUUGUCAGUUGACGCAACUGAAGCAUCUUUACACGGAUUCUAUUGAAACGUCCGGCCACACGGCGACCUUCCUUGUGAUGCAGCGAUGGGUGGCUGGUAUACCCAAUCUAGAGAGCUUGCAGAUGAAUGCUUGCAAAGGAGUAAGCGAUGCAACUAUUCAACUGAUUGCAGCUGGAUCUGCAGAGGAAGGAUCGACCCGGCAGGGGUGGUCGAGCUCAUUGAAGAUGCUUGACCUCAGCUCCUCGCCAUAUUUGACAUGUCAGGGGUUGUCGUCCCUUAGCACACAUCCUCUGCCGCAUCUUCAUACGCUCCUCCUGAACAAGUGCGGACGCGUGACCGAAUUGGGCUUGCGACAAGCGAUAGCCAGCAGUGGUGCGGGACUCUGUCGACUGGAAUGUGGGGGCUAUAUCAGCGUCUCUGACAGGCUGAUGUUGGACAUUAAGGACCACUGCCCGAAGAUUGAGGUUGUUCAUCUUGCAAACUCGGGCCAGGUGACGGGGAUCGGACUCAUGGCGCUGGUGAACGAGCGUGGACGGGGACUGGAGCGUAUCUGUGUCGACGACUGUCCGGCGUUGGGCGUGGAUGCAGUCGAGCGUGCGAGGGUAGUGCUCGGGGACCAUUCGCGUGUCUCCUAUAGAUCCAACUGGACCCGUCGGCAGUGAAGGGCAUAGACUCAGUAUACUGUAAUGAAAUGAAUUUCUU